AUGGUGCACGUGAGCAGUUUACCGGAGUUGCCGCCGCCGGAGAAAUUACGCGUUCAUGUGGGCCAAAUGCCCUUCGCGACCAUGGACUCGGCAGUGCUGAGUCCGGCGGAUGAGCCGUUAAAACUGCGGUUGGGUUCGAUGAACCUGCAGGAGUUGCCGGAGAAAAAACGUAAGAGACUCGACGGCUACUUUACUGAACUCACCAAGCUUGAAGAAGACGCGAAACAGAAGUUUCACGCACUCGAGGAACUGCUUAUGGAAAAGCCUACCCAGAACGUCGGCACCGCGUUCGUAUGCUUCACGUCUAUGGAGGCCACGCGGUUCGCACUUACCCACGAUCUCGCCCACCCCGCCUGUCCCGUUUUCCGCGCGUUACCGCCUGCCCCUGGAGUUAAAUCUGGAGGUGGAGACCGCAACCGUGGGACGAGUGGCGGCCGUGGGAUGGGUCAUGGGGAAGACGACCGGGGGGAAGACGACCGGAAGGAAGACGACCGGAGGGAAGACGACCGGAGGGAAGACGACCGGGGACGUCAGCCAGACGACCCAGGGAGGCAGUCAGCGGAUACGGAUCUAUCUGUGGCGCGAGAGAAGUCGGUGAUCAAGUGCACCAAGUGCAACAAGAACCUGGAGGUGGAGCACUGUCACUGUGGGAGUGUGUGGAAUGCGCGCUGGCGGGUUCGUGAGGCACCGCCACCCGAGGAUAUAAUUUGGUCUAACAUGCAUAUACGUCGAUCAGUUCGUGCGUAUAGGAUCGUGAUAGUGAAUAUUGGGAUCUUUCUAUUGUUGUUUACGUUGACUUCUUCGACUGUGGGUGCGACGGUUUUGCUGACGGUGGCGUCUAACUUGGAGCAGAUUGUGGAGAAGGCGUCAUUUUUCAAAGUGUCGGUGUCAGGUUGGUUGAUGCCGAACUUUCUAUAUUUGAUUAAUGCGUUGUUGCUGCCAUUCCUGGUGUCCCAGGGUGCGAACGCCAGUAAGUUCUGGCGAACCUCCUCUCGUGACCGGACGGUGUUAUACGCUAACGUGCACUACAUGGUGAUUAACUCCCUUGUGUUCCCAGUGCUAGGUACCACGUCAUUUCAGACGUUAUUGUUGUUCUUUACAAAUACUUCACUUGGACGUGUUCCCACCUUACUGGGGACCAUGACGGCGGGUGCAUCUGGCUCAUUUGUGUUGCGCUAUUUGCUGAAUACGAUCUGCAUCAACUCGUCUAUGCAAUUAAUGCAGCUGCCGAUGUUUUCACAGCAACGUGUGUUUCUGAGACUCGGGAAACGCGCCAACCGAUGGAACUUUGACUAUGGCUUCUGGUAUGCCUUCCACCUAGCGGUGUUCGCGGUUUGCAUCGUGUUCAGUGUGGACUUCCCUCUCGUACCGCUCAUGGGCGGUGUCUUCUUCACGGCCAAGUUCUGGGUCGACAAAUACAACCUCACUAUGAAGGUCUGGCGCACGCGGAGCGAAAGUGCAGGCGUGGUGGCAAGCAGCGCAGUCUCCUUCAUCUUCUACUUCGUUGCACUCUUCCUGUUUCUCAUGGCCGGCUACUACUUUGCCGUCGCGGUCAGCGCUAAAAACGCUAAAUCCUCCGUUCAAGAUGCCGUCUUCAACCCCGACGAAAACAUACGCAAUCUCACCAUCGGCGCUGCCGUCCUCCUAGUCACAUCCCUCCUUGUUCUCCUCAUGGCCGCCGGCGAGAAAGCACAACGAUCCAUCCUACUCACACAUGCAUCUACCUUCCGCAAAUGGGUACACAAACUACGCACUAAGUUCGCCAGACAACUAGAAAAUUGGAACAUUACCGCACCCCUCCGAGGAGUCGUACAAACCGUCGUUGAACCCGUCAGUCCCAGCCGUAUAUCUAUUCUACGCAAGGCCUAUGUACACCCCUUCGAGUGUGGCGACAGACUAGAACUCCUCCGGAACACAACAAAAAGAGACACAUAA